AUGGCUUCUGGUUGUGGAAGAGUCGAAGCCCCUCCCGCCCCGCAUCGAAAGGAUCAUUUGAUUGAAGACACCGAAGACAUGCGAUCCCAGGGUAACAUGUCCGAUCGCCUUACCAUCGAAGUUGACUGCACCUCCCUGGGUUCCAACGAGUGCCCCUCCAUGGCUUCUAGCUUCUCCCCCAUGGAGUCGCCUACCCCGACUCCGACGAGUUCGACGCCGAUGCGCAGCGCCUUUCGCUUGGCUAGCAUGACAUCGAGCGAUAGCAUGGGCAUGCCAUAUGGGCAUAUGGAAGCACAGGAGCGGAUGCCCAUGACCGACUUCCUUACCGGAUACGAUGAGAACGUCGAGCACUUCUGGAUUCCCCCGGAGGCCCAGAAAGCCUAUGAGCAUGGCGUCCAUGGACUUCCAUACCCCCAGGCAAUGCCUCAGUAUCCAACAAUGGCCCGCAACCACUACCGUCAACACCCUGCACCCUACCUGCCCGAGUCCGCGACCAAUCCUUGCUUGUCGCGUUCUAUCUUCCACCAGUCUGAAAGAAUCCCUAGCUCAAUGUCCAUGAGCAACAUGAUAUCUUGGAUGGCCCCGCCAACAGACUCGAUUGCCCCCCAAACCAUUGCCCCGUCGCAGGUCGCCCCGGUUACACCCCCGCCAUCCUACUCUGAAUUCGCAGGUUCCAUCAACACCUUCAAGACGCACACACCGACAACCCCGGCGCGUUGUUCCUCCCUGGGUACUUCUUCUGGAACCGAUACCCCCAUGAGCCGCCUUUCGGGUGGCAUGGACUACCUGGACGAUUUCAACCAAUCACCAGUCUACAGAGAUGGCCUUGCCCGAGUCCAACGUCAACCCUCGAGGAAGACUGCCAGGAAGCAGUCCUCCAAGCAGAGUCUGAGUCUGGAAAACCUACCGUCAAUCAUCAAGCAAGUCCAGUUCAAGUGCAAGGAACCUGACUGCAAGGGUCGCUUCAAGAGGCAAGAACACCUGAAGCGACACAUGAAGAGCCACUCCAAAGAGAAGCCGCAUGUGUGCUGGGUCCCUGGAUGCGAGCGGGCUUUCUCGCGCAGCGACAACCUGAACGCGCAUUACACCAAGACCCACAGCAAGCGUGGUGGACGUAACCGCUAUGUUGCGACACUGGAUGAGAACAGCCCGGACUACAACCCGGAGUACCGGGGCCAACUAACUGCUGACGGGCGACCGCUCUACAACUCAAAAUCCCAAGACAUCAUGUCCGACGCUCGUGAAACGAGCGAGGAGGCGUGGUUGGAGUGA